UUAUUAUUCUCUCGUUGUUCACACGUGACGCAUGUUCUUGUUUAAACAUGUAACAGACCGUGUAUGAAAUCGUGAGCUUUCAUCAGACCUCAGAAGUGUCCAGAUUUAAGUAAUUUCAUAUACUUAUCGUUGGCAUUUAUCAAAAAUUAUGACAAUAAACACAUCUGUGGUCUGUGGAUACUGGAUCAUACAGAAAUAAAUGGGUGAAUUAAAACAUAGAAGUUAGAACUGUGAAUUAAAUUAUAGAGAUGAAUACUUAGGAAAAAUUAAAAUAAUUGUUUGAUACUGAUAAACUUGAUAACCAAAUGCAGCUUAGAUGAAUUGUUACAAAUUUAACUUGAAGCGUUGAAUACGAAAGAAAAAAUUGUAAUUAUCAUCACUUUAUAAUAUACGUGUUAGACACCUUUGUGUUUCGCAAUACGUAUAAUCUCUUAGGGUCAAGUUAAAGUUAUUAAGGAUUAACAGUGAAAGGGAUAACUUUUAAACUAUAACCAUGAAGAAAAAGGUAUUGUUGAUGGGUAAAAGUGGUUCAGGCAAGACAAGUAUGAGGUCUAUCAUAUUUGCAAACUACAUAGCAAGAGAUACACGCAGACUAGGUGCCACAAUUGACGUAGAACAUUCCCAUGUAAGGUUUCUUGGGAACCUUGUGCUAAAUCUUUGGGAUUGUGGGGGCCAGGAGGCUUUUAUGGAGAAUUACUUUGCAUCACAAAGAGACAACAUAUUCAGAAAUGUUGAAGUCUUAAUAUAUGUUUUUGAUGUUGAAAGCCGUGAAAUGGAAAAAGAUUAUCAUUAUUACCAGUCUUGCUUAGAAGCUAUAUUACAGAACUCACCAGAAGCAAGAAUUUUCUGUUUAGUUCACAAAAUGGAUCUGGUUGCUGAGGAAAGGCGAGACGAAAUAUUUAAGAGCCGUGAAGAGGAUCUUAAAGGGCUUUCAAAGCCAUUAGAGUGCACAUGCUUUAGAACAAGUAUAUGGGACGAAACACUAUAUAAAGCGUGGUCGAGUAUUGUAUAUAAAUUAAUACCCAAUGUCAAAGUGUUGGAGUCAUCGCUCAAACAGUUUGCUGCAAUUGUUGAUGCUGAUGAGGUGCUGCUAUUCGAGCGGGCCACAUUCCUGGUGGUCUCCCACUGCCAACGGCGAGCCCACAGGGACGCUCAUCGCUUCGAAAAGGUUUCUAAUAUCGUGAAACAGUUCAAACUGUCCUGCUCGAAGCUGGCGGCGCAGUUUCAGAGCAUGGAGGUCCGCAAUAGCGCUUUCGCGGCCUUCAUCGACGGCUUCACGACCAACACGUAUGUGAUGGUGGAGCUGUCUGAUCCGAAGAUCCCUUCCGAAGCGACGCUCCUCAACAUACGCAACGCCAGGCGGCAUUUUGAGAAGCUCGAGAAGGUCUCGGCAGACCAUUACCACUGACGAUGAUCUCUACCGGGUAUACUGUAAUUGCGGUAGAUUUACUGUAAUUUCAUUAAAAGAAUUGGAAUUGUUUGAUGCCUAUUACUGUGUAAGAAAUUGUUCAAAUUUGUAAUUUAUGGCCGAAGUGCAAUAUUACUUUACGUUCUUGUCUUGUGUCUUUGAUUUUAUUAUUAUUAAAAAUUUUACAAAUAUCACCCACACAUUGGCUAUUGAGAUUGAUACAAAAAUCUAUUAAGGUGGGGGGGAUAAAUUACAGAGAAUCUGCUUACAUUAUACUUAAACGGCCCCUUAGAUAUAUCAACUUACAAUCUAAAGAAAAAUUGAGGUAACUCGCGCAAAAGUAAAUGACUAUUAACUGUAAAAAAUAUUAAUAGCAAAUCAAAAUCAAUCAUUUUGGAUACAUUUUUGAUUCUUACGUAAAGCGAACGGCAGAUUCAUAAAAAAAGAGUAUGUACUUAUGUACACGCGUUAGAAGUUAUACUUCUUUCGCGUAUGGAAAGAAAAUAACUAAAAUCCAGUAGUGAUUAACGAUAAAUAUUAAAAUUAAUCAAAAAGAUUUUAAUUAAAUAAAUAAAUUAUUAGUAAAUACUAUCACCGUCGCAUAUGAAAUUGAUUUAAAAACACCAAAAUUAUAUUUAUUUAUUCGCACUGUUUAAAUGUACUGUUACGAAUCACGUGUUCUAAAUAUAUAAUUACUAGAAUAUACAACUUGAACAUAGUUAUCGAUUUCCAUGCCACCUAGACCUAACUUUGCGAUGUCGAAUUCAGGUGUCGGUGUGCGCGCGAAUCGUAAAAAUUCACUCUCAUUAUUUUUCUCCAUCGCGCCAAAAGAAGUAUAACUUCAAAAAUAUUAUUCUGAGUUUUUUUCGAAUUUACAAAUUAAUAAUUGUAAAUUUCGAUCGAUUGUAAAUUCACAAGAAUUUAAAGUAAUAUUGAAACAAACUUAUUAGGCCUAGGUUUUUGACUAUUAAGACAACUUUGCAUGUUAUAUUGUUUUCUGUUUAAAAUUUUAUAAAUCUUAUAUUUCGAAACAAC